UGACAGAAGUGGCAGAACGUUUUCAGCACAAGUUCAGGCAUAUACCAACUCUGCUUCUGGAUUCAGAGGAAAGAAUUCUCGUUUCAGACAUGAAAUCAUUGAACAUGAUUUCGUCCCUGAUUUCCCUGUCCCUGUCUCUUCUGGCUGCGAUUAUUCCUGCUGCGCGUGGCGGGAACGUUCUGGUGUUCCCACAUGACGGCAGCCACUGGGUGAACAUGAAGGUUCUGGUUGAGGAGCUGCACUCAAGGGGACACGCGGUGACUGUUAUUCGGGUCACAGACAGCUGGUACAUCAGCGAAACAUCUCCGAGUUACAAUACGGUCACGCUGGAUAUUGCUGCCGGCUUUAACGAGGACUUCUAUCGCCUUCUCGUUUCGGAAGUUAUCAAAAUUAAACGAAACAAGGGCUCUAUGUGGGCCCAAUUGGCUUUAGCCAUGAACUUGAAAGAAAGAUUCUAUGAAUUCCACAAGCAAGUGUGUGAAGUGGUCAUGUACAUGUUUGAAAAUAAGGAAUUAAUUAAGUCCUUUCAAGAUGCCAAGUAUGAUGUGGUUUUGACAGACCCCGCCAAUGGAGGAGGAGUGAUGCUAGCUCACUAUCUUGGCCUGCCGUUAGUGUUUAACGCUCGAUGGACUGUUCACGGUGAGGCUCACUUUGCUAUUGCGCCUUCUCCACUUUCCUAUGUCCCUCUUCCACCUUCAGAGUUAACUGAUGAAAUGACUUUCUUUGAGCGGGUCAGAAACAUGUUGUUUUACAUCACCAGGAUGCACCUGUACAGACAGAUUUCUGCACCGCAUUAUUCUGCAGUGUCCAAACGCUACUUUGGCCCAGAUGUAGACUACUUCUCCCUGUUUCAAGCGGCAGACCUGUGGCUGAUGAGGGUGGACUUUGUGUUUGAGUUCCCCCGUCCCACCAUGCCUAAUGUUGUCUAUAUGGGUGGGUUCCAGUGCAGACCUGCAAAACCUCUGCCUCAGCACCUGGAGGAUUUUGUGCAAAGUUCUGGUGAACAUGGAGUCAUCAUCAUGUCUCUGGGGACGUUGAUUGGAGAUCUUCCCCAUGACUUAGAUGAUGAGAUCGCUGCAGCUUUUGCUAAAUUACCUCAGAAAGUCAUCUGGAGGCAUAAAGGUGACAGACCAGCCACUCUGGGCAACAACACUUUACUAGUGGACUGGAUGCCACAGAAUGACCUCCUGGGACACCCAAAGAUGAAACUAUUUGUUAGUCACGGAGGAACUAAUGGAAUUUAUGAAGCUAUAUAUCAUGGUGUUCCAAUUGUGGGCGUUCCCAUUGUGUUAGAUCAGGCUGAUAACCUCUCCAGACUGAAAGCAAGGGGUGUUGCAAUGGUUAUAGAUAUUUCUGAAUUAGAUAGGGAGACAUUUCAGACUGCCAUACAGGAAGUCCUGAAUGAGCCGUCCUACAGGACGAACAUGCAGAGGCUCUCCAGUCUGCACAGGGAUCAACCAAUGAAACCACUGGACACUGCCAUCUUCUGGAUAGAGUUUGUUAUGAGACACAAAGGUGCCGCUCAUCUGAGAACAGAGUCCUACAGAAUGCCCUGGUAUUCCUACCGCUCUGUAGAUGUCAUAUUAUUUUUGGUAACAGUUGCAUUAGUUAUAUUGUUAUUAUUUUCUGGGUUGGUAUGGUUCUGCUUCAGAUUAUGUGUGAAGAGGAAAAUUAAAGGUGACUAAGAUUCAUUAAAUUGGUCACCACGUUAAUAGUGAGGGUGCAGGGUUUAACUUUUGGUCUGUUCUUUUAGUUGACUGUAAAUAUUGUGUGUAAAAUAUGUUUGGAAAAUGUAAAAUAAAAAGAAACUGAUAGGU